AUGUCAGGGCGCGUCCAAAAAUCUACCAAAGCUUCACAGCGUUUUCUUCUUACGCGCAUUAUUGAUCAGGAGGGCUACGAAGUCAUCAUGCCCUAUUCCUAUUGCUUCAAUAACCACAAGAUUUAUCGGGUGUCCGAGAAGUCGUCUCGUUGCAGCAAAUGCAUUCGUUACGGGCAUUCGUGCGAUGGUUCGAAUGUCGCUUCUUUCUGUGAGUUAUAUGUACCUUUUCUACCGGGGGUUUUUACUAAUAUUUUCCCAAGUAUCCCGGAACUUAGAGGCCUAAUAGAGACUUGA